AUGGACAUACACCCUACACUGCUCACCUACAAGCCCAGCAAAGCACUACAAGCCCUUGCUGGCCCUGCUAUUGGGCUGGUGGACAGCUUCAGACACAUACACCCUAAAAAGCCCAACUCAGCCCUGUGCAGCACCAAGCACAGUGCUGGCGCCCCACCAACCUCAACAUGUGCAACCAACACCCCUGGACCAGAUAUCCCAGCCCCCUUCACAGGCGUGGCCGCCCCUAACUGUUCAGUGGACAACUCUGCACCCAUGUACCUGUCAUGUCUUGAUUACAUCCUAGUCCCUAGCAGCCUUCACAUAAUUGAUGCAGACAUCCAUUACACCAUGUCCAUUGACUCAGAUCACUUCCCGGCCUCAGUGACUCUGUGGCUGGACCACACUGAGUUGCUGCUGCCAGGCGCCACCAACUGCUCCAUGCAUAAAUACAGCACACAGGAGUUGGCCCACACUAGUCACAAACACCUCUUCCAGAUGACCCUCCUGCACAAUUACGCCAACCAGACUGAACAGGAGCCCGCCCUGCGCCACAACCCCACCAACAAGCUCCUGGCCAUCAAAAACGCCAUCACCACCACCUGUGAUGCACUUUUGGCCAAACGACCCUAA